AUGGGGAUCAAGCUCGCGCUCAUAACAAUCAGUCUCAUGUUGGCCGUUCUUUGUGUUGCUUUGGAUAACACUAUCAUUGCUGUGGCAAUUCCGCACAUCACAGACCAGUUCCACAACCUCAACGAUGUAGGGUGGUAUGCUUCAGCCUAUCUACUCACGACGUGCGCCCUGCAACUUCUUUUCGGCAAGCUUUACGCCCUCUUCAGUGUCAAGAUCGUUUUUCUCUCUGCGCUGUUUGUGUUCGAGCUUGGUUCUCUGAUUUGCGGUAUUGCACCAACGUCGACUGCGCUCAUCAUCGGUAGAGCAAUCGCAGGCUUGGGCAGUGCUGGCAUUUUUACCGGUGCUCUCGUCACGAUUGCUCACACAGUUGCGCGGGAAAAGAGACCCAUCUUCUUCGGCCUCUUGGGCGGCAUGUAUGGUAUAGCUUCCGUCGCUGGACCUUUGAUGGGCGGCGCUUUUACGGACCAUGCAUCAUGGAGAUGGUGUUUUUAUAUCAACUUGCCUCUGGGUGGCGUGACAGCGGCUGUCAUCCUACUCAUCUUGAAGCUACCCGCCAAGCCGGCUUCAAAGCGAGCAUCGUUUCUCCAAGUUCUCAAAGGUUUGGAUCCCAUUGGAACUGCUGUUUUCAUACCGAGCAUCAUUUGCCUCCUCCUCGCUCUUCAGUGGGGAGGGGUCAAGUACCAGUGGUCGAAUGCACGAAUCAUUGUCCUGUUCGUCCUGUUCGGCGCCUUGCUUGUUGGAUUCGUUGCUGUUCAACUGAUUAUGAAGGAUGACGCAACUGUUCCGCCACGCAUCGCUGGCAAUAGAACUAUUGCCUCAGCUGCCCUAUUCGGGUUCUGUAUCGGUGGCUCAUUCUUCAUUCUGACAUACUACAUUCCAAUCUGGUUCCAAGUCAUCAAGAACACAUCUGCGGUUCGAUCCGGCAUAUACUCACUACCUAUGAUCCUCGCAAAUGUGGUAGGAAUUGUCGGCGCUGGCUCUUUGACUACCAAAUUUGGCCACUACGCACCAUUCUUCAUUGCUAGUGCUGUCAUCAUGUCUAUUGGAGCUGGACUGAUCACCACCUUCACUGUGCACACUGCACAAGCCAAAUGGGUCGGUUACCUAUUCAUUUAUGGCUUCGGUGUCGGCCUUGGCUUUCAGCAAGGUGGAGUAGCCGCACAGGCCGUUCUCCCUUUAAAAGACGUGUCUAUUGGCACUGCCAUGGUCAUGUUUGUGCAGAUGCUAGGUGGAGCCCUGUUUGUUUCUGUGGCUCAGAACCUGUUUACCAACCAACUUGUCAAUAACUUGAUGGCUCUGGAUAUCCCUGAUCUGCAUCCUGAGGCUAUUGUACACGCGGGAGCAACUAGUCUGAGGUCUAUGAUAGAUCCUGAGGCUUUACCCGAGGUUCUAACCGCGUACAAUAUGGCUCUUGUCAAAACUUUCCAGCUUGCUCUUAUUAUGAGCUGUCUUAGUAUCUUGGGUGCUCUGGGUAUUGAGUGGAAGAGCGUCAAGGGGAAAGAACUAGCUCCUGGCGGCGCUUAA